AGCAAAGCCAACCGACUCGGAAUCUCGCAGUUUUUCCUCAGUCUAGUUCCGAUUUCGCUGCGAUUAAGACGCACUUCUAAGACCGAGACCCGGAAAUUCGUCGUGGGUGAUCCGUGCUGAAAUAUAAUAUUCGCGAGGGGGGAGACUUUUUCCACACUGAGGAUAGACAUCGCGUCGCGUGCCUGUGCGUUCAAAGUUUGAUUAAGUGGACCAUUUAAUGCUAAACGUUUGAGAAAAAUUCGAAGUGAUUAACUGCUAAGAAAGUCGUCUGACGGUUUGGCGCGGAAAUACGAAACCGUUGAGCAGUUUACAUACCGCAUUGGAUUAGAAGCUGAUUCGCCUCAGAAAUCCGGUAAAUUAUGAUCUAACGCGUGGAGUAGAUCAAUCUUUGCAUUUUUGGGAGUGUUGUACGGAGCAGCUCGGCGUCAGACCAUCAGGAUGUGGAAAUUAGCAGCAUUUUUGCUGGUUGGAGCAUCGACAAUUUUGGCAGUGAUCCCAACGAUCGCCGCCGCAGUUAGCCAACAUGGUGGCGGGUCUAUGCGACGGAGCAAAUGUCUAAAUCGGGAUCGGAUACAGGUAUACGAUGGACACGACAGAAUAUUACACCAACGGUUAAUGGCUUUGCGGAAUGAGAUGCGUACCAGGGCGUCGACCCAAAGCACUGAACUGGAUGCGUAUUUGGUGACUUCGUACGAUGAGCACAUGUCCGACUAUCUGAUGGAGUCGGAUGAACGGUUGAAAUUCCUGACAGGGUUCACAGGAUCUACAGGAGAGGCCUUAGUGACGACGAAAUCUGCGGCUUUAUGGGUGGAUGGAAGAUACUACGAGCAAGCAGAUCAUGAAUUGAACUGUGAUUGGAGAAUUUUCCGUAACGGAGAGCAUCCCACUAUAUCAGAAUGGAUUGAGAAUGAACUGACGCCCGAAAGCCGAGUGGGUGCCGAUCCCCAGCUGGUUCCACAUUCAUUAUGGAUAGGUUUGGAACGCCAGCUUAGUUCGCACCUUAUCAAACUGAUCAAGAUUCAUCGCAACUUGGUUGACUUGGUAUGGGGUGCGCGACGACCUGCACCAAAAUUGAACUCCAUAAAGGUACAGCCGUUGAGAUUUGCCGGCGAACACUGGGAAGUCAAAGUCAAUAAGCUCCGGUCUAACCUAACGGCCAUGAAGUGUGAUGCGAUGAUCGUUACUUCGCUGACGGAGGUGGCGUACAUUUUGAAUCUGCGGGGAAGCGACAUACCGUACACGCCUGUUUUCAAGGCGUACCUACUGGUCAGCAACCGGGAGAUCAUCCUGUAUACAAACAAUACGAGGAAGAACAUGGGACUGCUGAAUCAUCUCAAGUCGCACAGCUGCCACAACGAGUACUGCGUUCAAAUCAAAGAAUACCAAGACGUUCUGCGCGACUUACGAACACUAUCUCAGCACUGGAAACGCAUCCUUGUACCGUCAGCUGUAGUCUUCGACAUGGGAGCAUCGGAAGCGAUUCACUCAGUGCUACCCCGGGAACUAAUACUGGACAGACCAUCCCCAAUCAUUUUCUUACGAGCGCAGAAAAACGAGGUCGAACAACAGGGCAUGAAGAGGGCGCACAUACGCGAUGCAGCUGCCAUGUGCGAAGUACUAAGCUACCUUGAGGAGCGGUUCAUUGCCGGUGAUCACUUCACGGAGCUUUCCCUAGCGCGAGAAGUCGAUCGCAGUCGCAAAAUCCAAGAUCUCUCUGAAGGUCCCUCCUUCAGAACAAUCGUGGCAUUCGGUUCGCACAGCUCCAUCCCUCACUAUACACCUAGCAAUCGUACAGACUUUGAAAUCACCGAAUACGGCACGCUCUUGAUUGACUCCGGUGGCCAGUACCAGGAUGGAACUACUGACGUAAGCCGGACAAUCCAUCUUGGAGAUCCCUCACCCGAACAAAUUCGGGCCUACACAAAUGUGUUGAUUGGAAUGAUACGGUUGUCUGUUCUGACGUUCCCGGAAAAUCUGAAGCCGGCCGAACUUGACGCACUGGCAAGGGGACCCGUCUGGGGUGAAAUGAAUGACUACCCGCACGGAACAGGCCACGGAAUUGGGUCCUAUUCCUCCGUUCAUGAGUCUCCCAUCAGCAUAGCUUACACGACUAAGCAGCGAUAUAGUUUCAAAAGUGGUUACUUCUUUUCUAAUGAACCUGGAUAUUACAAAAAAGGAGAAUUUGGUAUUCGAUUGGAAAAUGUUCUAGAGGUUCACGACACUGGCAAUGUGCACCCUUCUGGCAACAGAUUCCUGUCAUUCCAAGAUGUAACCCUGGUACCCUUCGAAUCGAAAUUGAUCGACCGCUCCCUGCUAAGUGCUCCAGAGAUCAAAUGGAUCAACGACUACAACGCCCGCAUUCGGCAGCUUGUGGGUGAUGAACUCAAACGUAAACAGAAAAUGGAAGCUUUCUACUGGAUGAUGAACAAAACGCGAAACAUUCCGGAUUACCGAUCCGAUUCGGAGUAUGGAGCCGCUGUGCAUGUUGGGCUGAACUUCCGUAUCGUUUCUCUAAUACUGACAGCCGUCCUAACUAACAUUCUGCUCUCUGUACCAUUCACAACGUUUCCUGAUUUCUGAUGAUCAAGGAACGGACGAUCGACCCACGUGCACUCUAUCUCUCUAUCUUCUUUAAAAGUCAACCCGUAGGAUAGGCGUAGGAAGUAAGAUACAAAUAAACCUGUUCACUGUCUUAUUUAUUAAUAGUAGUUAAUAAUAUAUGAUCGAUGUUAGUUACCGGAGCGCAAAGCAAGUGAUAUUUUACAAAACCAUUGAAAUUCAUUGGAGAUUAAACGAACACUAGUCCAAACACGAGAUAAACAAAAAAACGCAUGUUUUGUUCUUACU